AGCUUCAAUUCCAGGGAGGAGAGAGCUUCAAAGACCAGCCUUUGUUGAGACACUCUCUCUCUGCCUCUGGUAUCUUCUUCUUCUUCCUUCUUCCUUCUUCUUUCUUCUUCUUCUUCUUUCUUUCUUCUCUGUUCAGUAAAGAGGAGAAAAGAAAGAAGAAAAGAGAACUAAUUUUGAUCUAGCUUUAACUUCUUAGAAAAAGUUUUAGAGGGGAAAAUGGGACAAGUUCCUCAAGAUGCGAUCAAGCAGCUCCAAGCUUUAAUCGAUAAAGUCGACGAGCCAUUGAAGAAAACCUUUCAGUCAUACUCAUCCUAACCUUGAAGUGCUACUGUGAAUGUGGUCAGAAUAUGCAUCAAGGAUAUCCAAGAGAAACCUUGGUUCGGUUUCUCAAGGCAAGAGAGUGGAAUGUUGCCAAAGCGCAUAAAAUGUUGGUGGAUUGUUUAAACUGGAGAAUACAAAAUGAGAUUGACAGUAUAUUGACGAGACCAAUAGCUCCAACAGACCUUUAUAGAGCAGUGCGUGACUCACAGCUUAUAGGAAUGUCAGGUUAUACAAAACAGGGCAUCCCUGUUUUUGCUUUUGGCGUUGGGCUCAGCAAAUAUGACAAAGCGUCUGUUCAUUACUAUGUUCAAUCACACAUCCAAAUUAAUGAAUAUCGGGACCGUGUUAUUUUGCCUUCAGCAACAAAGAAAUAUGGGCGGCACAUUGGCACUUGUGUGAAGGUUUUGGAUAUGACUGGUCUAAAGAUUUCAGCAAUGAGCCAAAUGAAGCUAUUGACGGCUAUAUCUACUGUUGAUGAUCUAAACUAUCCAGAGAAGACGGAUACAUAUUACAUUGUGAAUGCCCCAUAUAUAUUUUCAGCUUGUUGGAAGGUAGUUAAGCCUCUAUUGCAAGAGCGGACAAGGAGGAAAAUUCAGGUGCUGCAGGGUUGUGGUAGAGAUGAGUUGCUGAAGAUAAUGGACCAUGCAUCCCUCCCGCAUUUCUGCAAAAGAGAAGGUUUGGGUUCAUCCCGGCAUUCAAACGGAACCCAUGAUUGCUUCUCCUUGGACCAUGCUUUUCAUCAGGAGCUCUACAACUACAUCAAGCAGCAAUCCUUGAGCCUAGAAUCUGUUGCACCCAUCAAACAAUGUUCUUUCCAUGUAGAUUUGCCUGAGCCAGACCCCGCAGGCACUAAGAUUGCCCAUACCAUAGAAUCCGAGUUCCACAAGCUACGGGAUCAGAAUGGGCAUCAGAAUGGCCGCGUUCAUUCACUGGUUGAUCUGAAAAUCACUAGUGAAUGAGAUGGGAGCAAUGGUGUAUGUAACAUAUAAUAUCACAAUUCGGCACUUUGGGGCUCAGUCAUGUUGCGAGUUGCGAGUUGCGAGUUGCGAGUUGCGAGUUGCGACAGCUCUAACAUGAGGGCCACGGGUAGGGUUUUGCAGCUCCUCCCAGAAUGUGGGUGUCCAUGCCAUAGGAUGUAAUGGUACUUGCUUGCAUUAGCUUGAUGCAGCCUUGGUAGAAAAAGCUAAUUUAUAAGCCUUAUAUGGUAAUAUAUGAGCUACAUUGGAUCUCCCUUGAGCUUUCAA